AUGCCGGCUCUAACUAUCAGCCCAACCAGCACAGCCCCAACAACCUUUCCAAAGGCUCCUCAUGUCAUUGGUCCCAAGACUAAGAAGGCUACGCGCCCUUCCGCAGAGAUACCCCAGUUCCUAAUCGACGAGGCUCGCGCGACCGAACCGUCCUCAUGGGACGUAAAUAAACACCUGAGCUAUCAGCCACCGGCAAAGAUCCACACGAUGAAGGACAUCGGCCUCGAAGGUCACGGAAUCUCCACCACAGCUGUCUCAGACCCUUUUCCCCUAUUCUCCAAAGACGCCAUGCUACAGAUGAGACGGGAGAUCUUCAGCGACCCAGUGCUGGAGAACUGUCGUUACAGCUCCACCUUUAGCGCGAACAUGGUUCGUGGAAUGGGUCCUGAACGAGCUCCUUUUACCUACGACGCGUGGUGGUCCCCAGAAGUCCUUGCCAAGAUCUCUGAAGUGGCCGGCAUCGAGCUCGUGCCAGCAUUCGACUUUGAGAUCGCCAAUAUCAACAUUUCGAUCAACGACCAGAACACAGGCACAACCGCUGAUGGUGACAAGACUUCAUCGUUCGCGUGGCAUCACGACAGCUUCCCUUUUGUCUGUGUAACCAUGGUUUCCGAUUGUACAGGUAUGGUCGGAGGUGAGACGGCAAUUGAGUUGCCUAGCGGAGAGAUUAGAAAGGUUCGGGGUCCUGCAAUGGGUACGGCUGUCGUCAUGCAGGGCAGAUACAUCUACCACCAAGCUCUCAAAGCGUUCGGGGGUCGCGAGCGUAUCUCUAUGGUGACCGCUUUACGACCAAAAUCACCUUUCGUUCGGGACGAGACGAUCCUCACCGGUUCCCGACCAAUAAGCAACCUCGCCGAACUCUAUCCCCAGUAUACAGAGUACAGAUUAGAGAUCCUCGAGGAGCGCUUCCGUGCGAAGUUAAAGGAGGAGCAUCGCCGAGAGGCUUUGCAUAAGUCAUUUGACUUGGUUAACAUCAGGGCCUUCUUAACAGAUCAGAAGGAGUAUAUAGAAUCGAUGUUGGAAGAGCUUUAUGAAGUUGUGUGAUUGAGCAACUAGUUGUCUAGAGGUAGGUAUGUACCAGAUAAUCAGCUGUACUUCAAGAUAACCUGGAAAGCAUGAGUCUAGCCUAUCCCAAUACAAGAAC